UAGAUUACAAUCAAGCGAAAAAUGAUGCGUUAAAUUGCAAUCAUAAUGAUACGAUUCACAAUGUAUCGAUAGUUUACAAUCUUACUAGAUAGAUUGUAAUAUAACGAUGUUUACAAUCUUACGGUGACAUAUAUACCACAUAUGUUGCUUGCGAAAAAUGUAUUAGAACGCGUUUUCCUUAGUUAGACCCAGUUUCAAUAAGUUCAUCGUCGGCAAUAGAGCUGGUGGGUCGUCUGAUAGUAAGCGCCACCACCGCCCGUGACCAUUUGGAGAAGCGUGCUCGACUACUUCAUACAAUAUACAUAUUUACAGUAUGAUUUAUAAAGACAAAUUUGUUUUAGGUUUACCUAUAUGGUAUUUAACUUUAUGCCUACUUGCGUCGUGGUUUAUCAUUUUUGUCAUCGUUUCGCGCGGUGUGAAGAGUUCAGGCAAGGCUUCGUACUUCCUGGCGCUGUUCCCCUACGUCAUCAUGAUUAUCUUGCUCAUCAGCACAGUACUUUUGCCCGGUUCGGGUACUGGUAUCUUAUACUUCAUUACUCCACAAUGGGACAAGCUUUUGGAAUUGAACGUGUGGUAUUCAGCGGUGACGCAGGUAUUCUUCUCGUUGUCAGUGUGUACCGGAGCUAUUAUCAUGUUCUCUUCAUACAAUGGCUUCAAACAAAACGUUUAUAGGGACGCCAUGAUUGUUACGACCCUGGACACGUUCACAAGUUUAUUAUCUGGUAUUACCAUCUUCGGUAUUCUUGGCAACUUGGCGUAUGUUCUAGAAAGAGAAGUGGAAGAUGUUGUUGGUUCAGGCGGUACUGGUCUUGCAUUCGUUUCCUACCCUGAUGCUAUUGCUAAGACGUUCCAACCACAGUUAUUCUCAGUAUUAUUCUUCGUUAUGAUGUUGGUCCUCGGAGUGGGCUCUGCAGUAGCUCUUCUAUCAACGAUCAACACAGUGUUAAUGGACUCUUUCCCACGAGUGCGCACAAUCUACAUGUCUGCUAUCUGCUGUACAUGUGGUUUUGCUAUUGGACUUGUUUAUGUUACGCCGGGGGGUCAAUACAUUUUGGAGCUGGUCGAUUACUACGGUGGUACAUUCCUUGUUCUGUUCUGCGCUAUCGCAGAAAUCGUUGGAGUAUUUUGGAUUUAUGGUUUGGAAAACGUUUGCUUGGAUAUUGAAUACAUGCUUGGAAUAAGAACAUCGGUCUACUGGCGGUUUUGCUGGGGAAUUAUCACUCCUGCUAUUCUGAUCACCGUAUUUAUUUAUGCAUUGGUAUCGGUUGAAGCACUCGUCUUUGGUUGUUGUUACUAUUAUCCUACUGCUGGUUAUGUUUCGGGUUACAUGAUGCUCGUCGUUGGUAUAUUGUUUGUACCGGUGUUUCUAUUUAUCGCAUUAUAUAAAUAUAAAACUGGAAACCUACUUGAGACAUUGAAGCGUACAUUCAGUCCAAAGUCGAGUUGGGGUCCACGUUCGGCGAGUGAUAAGCGAGGAUGGAUUCAAUUUAAAACUGACGCUAAAUCCGCUAGGCGCGAACAAAGAACGUCGUGGGGUCGUCAUAUAUGGCUCAGUUUAUCCGGUGGAUAUAAAAGGCCCUUAUAAUUAUAAGUCAAACACAAAAUAGUACAAAACAUUAUU